AUGAGAAGGAAGAUUUGCGGAAAGGUUGAAAAACGUAAACAACCAAGCGCAGGAUCAAUGGAACCAAUUUGUCAAAGAGCGAAGCGGGAAAGCGGAAAAUUGUUUCAAAAUGCCUAUGUUUCCAAAGAUAUUUCACAAGGACUGAAAAAGGGCACUAUGCAACAUAUGGUCACUAUCAUUACGAUACCAAGGAAUAAAUUGCGUAACCUCAUUCGAUACGAGCGAAUGAGAAUGUCAUUGACUGAUUGCUUGGCUUUCAAUGCUGCCAAAAUAUUUGAUACUGAGAUCAGACGAUAUUGA